AAGGCGGCGGGCCGGGCGGUGGUCGGCGGGUCGGCCCGGGGUGGGUCCCGGCCUGUCAGGCGUGCUUCCGGCUCCCGAGCUCCCUCAGCCCCUCGUGGGUCCCCGCCAGUCACUCUCCCGAGUCCCCUCGGCGCCCCAGCCCCUGCGGCCGCCAGAGGGCCGGACCCACCCGCCUCCCCGUCGCUGCGGUAGAGAAUGAGAGAAUGACCGUGUGGCGCUGCUCUACACCCUGUGGCCGCUGGCAGAGGGGCCAGGGGGAGCAGCAAAUGGCUUUCUUAUGGAAGUGUGUGUAGACUCAGUGGAGUCGGCUGUGAACGCAGAAAGAGGAGUUCUUUGUUGUGUGCACUGUGAUGUCCACCAUGCAUCGCACCACAGUCUCAGUUUUGCUGACUAUGUGCUGGUCGGAUUGAAUUAUGUUCUGGCUUAUUGGAAGGAGGAACCACACCCAGCAUGGUCUGUUUCUGUUCUUAAAGGUAUUCUUCAAGUAGUAAAACAGAGUGUUCAGAUUCCAGUUUUUGUGAUGAUUCGACCACGUGGAGGUGACUUUUUAUAUUCAGAUCGUGAAGUUGAGGUGAUGAAGGCUGACAUCCGUCUUGCCAAGCUUUAUGGUGCUGAUGGUUUGGUCCUUGGGGCACUGACUGAAGACGGGAACAUUGACAAAGACCUGUGCACGUCUCUCGUGGCUCUUUGCCGUCCUCUGCCAGUCACUUUCCACCGAGUUUUACUUAUUUUAGCCUUUGAUAUGGUUCAUGAUCCAAUGGCAGCUCUGGAGACCCUCUUGACUUUGGGAUUUGAACGUGUUUUGACGAGCGGAUGUGACAGCUCAGCACUAGAAGGACUGCCUCUGAUAAAGCAACUCAUAGAUGAGGCAAAGGGCAGGAUUGUGGUAAUGCCAGGGGGUGGCAUAACAGAUAAAAAUCUGCAAAGGAUCCUUGAGGGUUCUGGUGCUACCGAAUUCCACUGUUCUGCUCGGUCUUCUAGAGAUUCUGGAAUGAAGUUUCGAAAUUCCUCUGUGGCAAUGGGUGCAUCACUUGCUCAUUCAGAGUAUUCAAUGAAGGUAACAGAUGUGACAAAAGUAAGGACUUUGAAUGCUAUUGCAAAGGAUGUCCUUGUUUAAACUUCUCUGAAAGUGUUUAAACUUCUCUGAAAGUCAAGGAUAUCACAGUGUAAAGGCAGAAGUUGAAUCUACAGUUCUCUGUGACACAGCGUUCAUCUUCCACAUGGCCAUGGAGAAUGUUUCUAAGAAGAAAAAUUGGAACAACAAUGUAUUCAGUUUUCUUUGCUAGUCAUUGCUGUGAUCAUGGGGAAAUUGAGUCUGCUCUUGGUCCACAGAGAAAGGCUUAGUCAGUUUUUAGUGGAAUUAACUGAUGAACUGGUAAGGUGUGAAAUCAGAAUUUGGUUUAGGGUGAAAUUAGGGUCACUUUUUUGCCUUUUUGUCUGUAAAAUAAAAAUUCACAUUCUAUUA